UGGCUCCGAGCAUGCGCCACUGACUCGCAGGGGCGCGACAACGCCGAGACGCCGUGGAGACUGCGAUUGUUGUGCUCCGGACUCUCCGGUGUAAGCACCUGUGCGUAGAUCGUAUCCUUGCCUGUAUAUAAAUCUGAGGAAAGACCGGCCGCCGUUUUGUACUUAUAUCAAGAAAGGACGGCUUGAUUCGAGAUGGCGGAGGUCAAGCCUGAUCACAAGGUCGAGGAUGGGGCUAGCUACGCGAUGGGCAACAACGUCGAUCCGAAGAAUGUCCAGGAAUUGACGCAAUACGUGAGUUUGGUGCAAACCCUUCUGCAGAACAUGCAGGACAAGUUCCAGACUAUGUCUGACCAGAUUAUCAAUAGAAUAGAUGAAAUGGGAAACAGGAUAGAUGAUUUGGAGAAGAACAUAGGUGACCUUAUGACGCAAGCUGGAGUUGAGGGUGCUGAAAAAUGAGAGCCAUGAAAAACAUGUCAUCCGAUAAUCUCACCAUACAAAGUUAGAUUGAUUGAUGAAUCACCGAUUAUGCAAUUAUGCACCAAGUACAAUGACAUGAACUUUAACUUAUGAGUCUAUUUCUUGCAUGUUGUAUGUUAUACAUUCGAAUGUACAAACUUUUGUAAAUUAAUAAUACAUUUUAUGAAAAAAUCAA